AGUAGUCAAUGUCAUCUGCAUACCGUUUAGAUUUUUUUAGAGCUCCUAUUCUAUAAAAGUACACAUGUUAUUAAUAAUGUGAUUUACAAAGGGAAAUAGUAGAAAAAUUAUAUUAAACACAUUCCUACACGAAGUACAAUACCUCAAGUUUCUCGUGAUGCCAGACGUUUUCACUAAAAACCGAAGCAAAAUAUUUGAUUAAUAUGUGAAAGUUGGAUUGAGAGUUUCACUGCAGUCAUACGUCGUCAAAUUCCUGGAUAUAUUUGAAUCGAAUAUUUUAAUACAAGAAUCUCCUAAUAGACAAGACUAUAAGUGUAAUAUUUAAUAUGGAAGAAUUCAAUGAUCGGCAACUGUCUGACUUACAAGAAAAGUCCAGUUUAGAGUUAGAAAUUAAAUCCAAAAGUGAUCUAAAAAAUCAGAAUCAGAUACAGAAAAAUGACCUGCCCCUUAAAGGAGAAAUGCUCCACUAUCAGAAGUUACUAACAGAAUAUGAAAAAACAAUAUCAGGUCAGAGUAUGGAGUUGGAAAAAUUAAAACAAGAGCAUGAAACAACAAGUAGACAUUUUGCUACACUCGAAUUGGCAUUUUCUGAUGUAUUACAGAAAUAUGACAGAAGCAAGAUUAUAGUUGAUGGGUUUAAAACUAAUGAAGAGGCACUAACCCAGAAUCUCCAGAUUGCAGAAGAAAAACUAAAACAAAAUGAAGCCAAAUAUGAAUCCCUUAAAACCUACGCCAAAUCACAGAUUGAAAAAUGUAAUGUAGAGAUAUUAAAUGUUAGAGAAAAGCAUGAGUAUGAGAGCAGUAAAUUAAGAGCAUUAAUAAAAAGGUUAGAAAUAAAAUGUUCUUCAUUAGAAACAUCUUUGAAUCAAAAAACUGAGGAGUGUGAGCAGUUGUCUGCAUUAUGUGAUGACAUCACAGGUAAACAGGUGUAAUAGAUUAUUAAAAUAAAAGUAUUAAAACAUAAAAGAUAAAUAGGCUUUAAGAAAAAUCUGUUGGUUUAGGUAAUUUAUUAACUUAGUUACUCAAAAUCAACCUAUAUUUCUACCUUAUUAUAGACGUAAAUUUUGAGUAAUCAUGUAAUUCCUCUUACAUAAUAUUUAAUGUCUAGACACAACUAAAAAAAUACCGUCAUCUCUUCCAUAAAUAAAAUAAUCUUUUGUGCUUUAACUACAUCUUAAUAGUAAAACUUGAUUUGUGAUCAAAAAAUGGUAUCUCAUUUUUUAGUAUAAUUUUUAAAAUACUAGUAAUAAAACUAAAACUGCUUUUAUUUUUUAUAUUAGAAAUAUUUUUUAAAAAUGAUAAAUAAUUUACAUUUUAUUUUGGACUCUCUAACCUUGUGGUAUACUUAAAACAAAAAAAGUUUAGAAUGUGUAAUAAAUGUAGUGUAAAACAUAAUAUUUUAAACUAUUUCCCCUUUUUUAAAUUACACAUCCCUUGAUGCUAAGAAUAUCCCUGUAUAUCUGUAUUUUUAUGAAUGGAUCUAGCUGUAUAGUGCUGUAUAGGCUUAUAAAGGCUCUCUUUUUAUUAUGUCACUUAUAGAAAUUAAAGGACAAAAUAAAUAUAUGUUUUGAAAGUCAAGGUAAGAAAUAAUCAUAAUUUUGACCCAAAAAGUGCCUUAAACAAGUAGCAUAACAGAAAAUGGUAUGCUUUUAAAGUAUUUUUAUUUUUUACCUACAUUUUCUUUAAACAUAUAAAAUUAUAUUUUUAACUUGAAAAAUAAUACUGAGUGCAUUUGGGGAUUUUGAUAGUAUUUAUACUGAAAUAAAGUUUAUUUAUUCAGUUUUACAGAGUUAUUUAUUUCAAGGAUAACUUAAUUGUACUUAAAAUGAACAAAGUUAUUCAAACUAUGUAUUUAUUUUGUCCCUUAUUAUUAUAAUCAAGACUUACAAGAUUUAAAUGUUUUAAGUAUUACUUUUUUACAUUGAAUGUUUUAUUGUACAUAAUUGUUUUUAAUCAUUUUUAAUUUUUGUUAAUUUGUUAUAAAUAUUUUACUGAAGAUAGAAUAAAAAGAGCAAUAGAAAAGGUAUAGCCACAUACUGUUUAAGGUAUGUAGACAUAGAAUUAGCAUAUAUUUAUUAAUUUAUUAUUGUGUAAUGUAUAAUAACGAUUAACUAAAUGUACAUCAGGAUAUUAAGUAGCUAUAAUAAGAUAGGUGCUACACGUAACUAAUAUUAUAUAUUUUCCUAGUGGAUAUGUUAUUUUACACUAGUCCAUGGUCCUAAAGUAUUUUUUUUGUACUUUAAUUUUGUUCCAGUAAUAUUUUUUUUUUGAUAUUUACACAAUUAGUGGGCAUUAUUGUGGAUAUUAAAUGUCCGGAUUGUAAUGUUCCUUGCUUAUCAUAACUGAAAAUGGAACCAAUUUGAUUUAAACUCAGAAAGUUUUAUUUAAAUUUACUGCUACUAAUUUAAAGGGUGGGCCAUUUAAGAUGCUUUUGAGACUUACUACUUUUAAAACUUAUUUUAGAUUGCUACAUUUAUCGUUUUGUGAUAUAGACAUUGUAUAAAAAUGUAGUUAUUUAUUUAUAAUUUUCUUACCUAACUGUUAAUUCUAUAUUAUUCAUUAAAUUGUAUUUUUUUCUAUGUAGGACUGAAUUUAUAUUUAAGUUUAGACAGGCUGAGAAUUUGCCAAAAAUUAGUUAAAUAUCUGAAAAAGUAUACUUUAGAUCAAUGUAGUGGGGCUAAUAACAUAAGCUAAACUGAACUUAAAUUUAAAUCCGGUCACUGUCACUGUUACUUUUUAACGACUGUUUUGCAUACUUAUUAUGUAUAUACCUAAAAACAAAUAAACAUAACUUAUCAGUAAUGAGCCAGAAAUUUUGACCAAGAAAGACCUAAACCUAAUUUAAAUAAAACACAAGAAAUACUUCUGAAAAAUAUUUUUAUUUGAAAUUAAUACGUUACAUAUGGCAGUGACUUAAUGACUUUACACAAAAAUAUGAACAUUGUAAUCCUUUAUUAAGAUUUUUACAUAUAUCCAACUGAAAAAAGUGCUUAUAUAAAAAUUGUUUUAAUACUAUAAUACUAAAGAAACAUUUAUAAACUUCAAAACUGCUGCCAAACGAAUCACAAAAAUAGUUAUAAGGAAUGUAAAAUAACAGUCAAAAUAUUUUUUAAACAUUACUAGUACAUAAUUUUUCAUUUAGCAUAACAUAAAUGGAACUUCCAAACAAAGUUAUUUAUUUUACACAAAGAGAAAAAUUCUGUACCUUCCUUUUUUAUUAUAUACAAAAAAAAUUAAAAAUUUAUAUGUUUCUCAAAAACGCCUAAGUAACUGAUUCAUAUUAUUUGCAUAAAUGAUGAAAAUAUAAAAUGUAGGAGGUUUGUGGGGAAUGACUUUACAAACUGACAAACCCCGUGUAUAUUAAGAUGCCAAUUUUGCUAUAACGAAAUAAGAAUAAAAAAUAUAAAAAAACUAUUAUAUUCAUUAUAAAUAAAUUAAACUUACAUAUUUUAUAUGUGUUUUUACUGGUAAUACUAUAUAUAAAAAUAAUAUAUCUAUUCUUAUAAAAGAUGUCAAAGGCAAAUGGGUUUCUAUAUAAAGUCAGUCCAAUUUAGAAAAUGCAAGUACAUAUGUAUUCUGAAUAAAAUAACUAAUAUUCAUCUAAAACUAUCACAUUUGAUCAACAUUAUCUUUUCAUUAAAUAUAUUGAGAAAGAUUUUUUUCUUUAUUUAUACUAGUAACUCUUUAACUUGGAAGGCACAUACCGUUCUCGAUUUGGUA